CACGCCUCAGUCACAUUUCCUCGGCGAGUGCACCACUCACACGCUUACUCGCUCUCUCGCUUUCUGGCUCAUCUCGGAGAACCGCCUCAUUCACCGCCGGAUCCGUCGGACCCGUCAUCCCGGAUUGGUCUUUGGCUGACCCACCGCCUCCUCACAGCCAUCCUUGGGCCGCUGCCAAUUGACCUCAAGCCGUGCCAUCGCCCAUUGGAGUUGGGAUUCUCGUCCGCCGCUCAGGCGUGCCACUACAUCGAUGGUGGUGACUGUCAGGCCGCAAGAGGCCGCCGGCUCGCCUGCCCGCGAGUCCCGGAGACUCGAGACCGACACCUCGUCCCAGCCCAGUCAGCAGCUAAUGGAUGUGGAGUCACCUUCGGGUUAUCUGACAGCCUCACCAUCGCCCGCCCCCGUGUCCGCUCCUAUGUCGCCCCUGUCACCCACUUUGGUGGAAGACAUUGAAUCCCCUGAUGAAGAAGUGUGUCUGCCAGCUGUGCUCCAAUUACGGAGCCGUCUCAUCGGGAGCAAUCGUCAGAAACAUUUGGUGAUCGAACAGGGUCUUGUGACUCGAUUGCUACAGAUCAUGAUUGAACCUAAAUUUUCCAAUGAAUUCAAAAUUGCCGUCACACAUACUUUGGGCUCGCUGGCCAAAGGUUUGGACUUCCACGUUAAAGCCCUGAUUGAUCAUGGGGCAGUACCUGUUUUACUCAAUUCCGUUGUGGAUACCGAUCCAAAGUUGAUUGAAGCAAGCUUGGGCUGCUUGAGGUCAAUUUUUCAGUGUGCGAAUGCGAGGAGCGAAGACACCUUGUACUCUGAUCCGAGCAUCAUUCCCCAUCUAAUCGGACUCAUGCCUACCUCUGUGAACAAUCAGAUUUCCGUAGCUACCAUUUUGACCAGUGCUUGCAAGACCCGUGAGCAUCAAGAUAUUCUUUGUCAGCAUGGCCUUGUGCCGAGUCUCUUCCAGCUAUUGGGCUCGCCACACAGUUCCGUGCAAUUGCCUGGGCUCCAAUGUCUGACCAUUCUCAUGUUUUCCAAUGAAAAUGCAACUAAACUUGUCAGUGAAAUGUCGCUCAACGAUCAAACCAUGAUCGAGCGAAUCGAAACCUUCAUGGACCGUCACCGAAAGAUUGACCUUCAGCUGGAGGCCUCCAAGUGUAUCGCCUACUUGUAUCGUUGCGGGGUCUUGGACGAAAGUGACAAGCGAAUCACCUUCAAAGCUCUCCCGUGUGUGGUCCGCAUGACCAAAAAAGAGGCUAGUUUAGAACAUCGAAUCUUCGCCGCAGAUACUCUGUCUUACUUGAUCGAAAUCAGUGCAGAGCUCCAACGGAUCGCAGCCAUCUCCAACCACCUGAUUUCGAGUAUGGCUAGCUUUCUCACCAUGGAUUUGUCUCAAGAAGACAAGCGAGCCUUGAGAAACAUAAGUGCCGAUUCGUCCUCACACCAACAGCUGAGCAUGAACCGCUAUCACAUGGCACAAAUCAAGCAGAAAGUGGACCAGACGACCAAUCUCAGUCGCGAUAUGAAGAGGUCAGCGUUCAAAGUGUAUGCCGCUCUCGGAGCUAAUGACGAAGAGAUCCGGAAACGCAUAAUCGAUACUGAACACCUUCUUCCUUGUCUGUUGGAGUGUUUAGAGGAUUCUAAUCUGGAUCUUCAAACGGCGGCAAUUGGAUGCUUACAUUCGUUAUCGCGCUCAGUGCAGCUUCUACGGACCACUUUCCAAGAUCACCCGGUUUGGAGACCUCUCAUGAACAUCCUGAGCUUGCCUACGUCAACAGUGGGCAUGCUAAUCGUGGCCUCUUCCACUUUGUGCAACCUUCUACUCGAGUUUUCUCCCUCGAAAGAGCCCAUCCUCGAAUCUGGAGCCAUAUCUUUACUUUGUCAACUCACCCAUAAAUUUGAGCCGGCUUUGCGACUCAAUGGCGUUUGGGCUCUUAUGAACUUGUCAUUCCAAGCGGACCAAAUGAUCAAGGUCCAGAUCAUCAAGUCAUUGGAAUCGGACCAAGUAUUUCGGCUUUUGGCUGAUCAAGAUGUGAAUGUAGUGAUGAAGACCUUAGGGUUAAUUCGGAACAUUCUCUCCAACAAGAAUCACAUUGAUAACAUCAUGGGCAUGGACGAUUACGGCAAACAAAUUAUGCAGGCUGUCGUGUUGAUCUUGGAAAGUGAUCGGAUACCUGAAGUCAAGGAGCAAGCGCUUUGCAUCCUCGGUCACAUUGCUGAUGGUGAUGCGGCCAAAGAUUUCAUCAUGUCCAAUGAGGAUGUGUUGAAGAAGGUGAUCAGCUAUAUGACUCAUCACUCCACGCGACUUCGAACCGCAGCAGUAUUUUGCAUUCAAAAUCUAAUCUGGGCCAAGGAACGAGGAGCCACCGAACGCCAACAGCGCCUCAAGCAAAUGGGCGUGGACAAGAUUCUCCAACAGCUCUUUGAAUCCGAUGACGCCACAUUGGCUGAGAAGGUAAAGGGUGCCUUGGAACAGAUGCCAUGACCCUGUGAUCCAUUUUCUGCUGGAUCUGCGUCAAAUUCGUCCAGAUCUUCAUCCUUUGGUGCCCAAUCAACCCCAGACACGGGUGUUCAAUCCUCAUCUACGUCUGGAAGCAAUUGCUGCGUCUCCCUCACGUCUGGAAGCGGGCAGACUAUGCUUCCACAUGGACCUUAUCAACCUCCCUUCAAUUACCAACAUGGGGGAUUGCAAGGUUUUCCUCCCCAAAGAAUCCCCUCUCGUCCACACCUUCUCUAUCCUGGGUUAGUGCCCCAACAAUUCCGGUACCUUAGACCGCCAUUUAAUGGCCAUAAUGGGCAUCUCCUUGGACAUGCCAAUGGCCAUCCAAAUUGUCAUCCCGAUCGACAUUUCUAUCGUCAGCCUAAUUGGCAUCCCAACGGGCAUCCCAACGGGCAUCCCAACGGGCAUCCCAACGGGCAUCCCAACGGGCAUCCCAACGGGCAUCCCAACGGGCAUCCCAACGGGCAUCCCAACGGGCAUCCCAACGGGCAUCCCAACGGGCAUCCCAAUGAGCAUCCCAACGGGCAUCCCAACGCGCACCCCAAUGGACACCCUCGUGAUUAUCCCGAUGAUUUUCCCAUGGCCUAUCAUAAUAGUUAUCCACUCGGGUAUCCAAAUGGGUAUCCUAAUGGAUAUUCCACCGGGCAUUUCAUGCCUCCCCCAACCAGUCGUCGAGAGUGAAGUAUAAGGAAAUGCAACGAAAUGACAAUGACACAUUGACACACACUCACCUAUUAUUGAUGAUCAAUGCUAGCUUCAACGUGUUAAGUUUUGACAGAUAUUUUAUCUCACUUCUUGCUAAAAAAGAUUCGAUUGCAAUUCCCAUUACACGUGCUACCAUUCUUAGUCUGGGAAAUACAAACAAAAGUCUCAUUACAA